AUGUUGAGUAAGGCUGGCCUUAGUCCCAUCAGUACAUAUAGUGGCGAAGGUACGAAAGGAAAAGGCGUUGAUGGCAAACAGCAUGCAAUUAUAUAUAGCAAUCAACCUACCAUAAUUGAAGGAGAAAAAGAGAAUGGAUUGAAUAAGCGAGCAAUUAGAGUUAUACCCGAUGGUCCACGAGGAGUACUCGAUACAAUGUCUGGGCUAAAUUACGCAGAGCUUCACAAAGUUCAACAUCACGAGAGGGUAUUGUUUAUGGGAAGGCUGGCAAAAGAGUCAGAGUUUGAUGUAGCCGCCGAAAGUGGUGUUUUUGGCAUUCCAUCUAGUCUUGGAAUGCCACCUCCGAGCUCAGCAGCAUCCAGCAACAGCGAUAGGGAUAUACAUUUUCUGUCAAAUUAUUGUAGCCAAGAUCAAGCAGCCGAAUCAAUUGGUAGUAGUCUGCCAUCGACAUUACCUUAUCCCAUGGAUAUUCCAAAGAGAGGAUCUGCUGAGUUCAAUGGAUUGGUAGAUGCGCCCUUCGAUGUGGCGAAAAGUCUUGCAGAUUUGCUAUGCUCUGAUGAGGAUUUCCGAUCACUUUUUCGCGAAGCUACGUCCAAUGACUCACCCACAGAUUCCAUGUUCGUGGGCAUAAUUCAACAAAUUACAUUGAAAUUUUCAGAGAAUUUGCGUGCUGAAGGAACGACAUCUGGGAUAAUUCGUGCUGCAGGAUACAUCAAGGAUUUCUCACUAGUGGUUGCUCUACUGUCGCAUGAUAUGCUCGAACCCACACAAAAACUACCAGCUUUCCUAGCCACCCGAAAAGCACAAAUAGAAUAUCUAGAACAAAAAGAUCGAAUGUUCGAAAUUGACUUGGAUACCUUGGAGAGUCUGUCCACACCUGAAUUUAUCAAUACUCAUGAAUCUGACGAUAUUGGUGAAAUAAUCAAGAAAACGGCCUCUUGGAAGCUGUUAUUGGAAGAUAUCAAACCUUUAUUGAACUAUAUCCCAGUAAAAAGGGUGUUAUUUUCUAUCUGGCCCUUCAACAUUCCCAGAGACACGCAACAUUGCAUCAGUUAUGUGGUACGAUGGGAAAUUUCGAGAUAUAUCAGCAGGAACUUUCCCGAUGAUCAAUCAAUUAGAGAUAUCUUAACACUUACAGCAGACACUAGUGGCACUAUAGCACAAAGUUGCCGAGAGUAUCUGCAGUCAACUUUUCAAGAAAUUGGCUUAUAUGUCCUAGGGGCGGUUGAGGCUCGUCUGUGUAACAACUCUUACAAUACUGGCAAGUCUGAGCUUAUUAUGGUAGGCCUAGCUGGGUGCCUGAGCCUGGUGAUGUGUGAUGGUGGAUUGGCUCCGAACGGUUUAAAUUCUGUUCUAAUUCCAGUCGAAGAGUUAUUGGAAGAUGAUGCGAUACAAUGGCAUUAUUGCCAGAAGACCGCCAAAUGCUCAAAAUCAAGAAGUUCGACAUUUGAAAUUGUGGAAGAAACUGGAAAAUGGCACAAAGAAUUGAACCCUGGUCGAUUAAUAAAUCGAAGGUGUUUUCUUAGAUGGGUCCCUGAAGCUUCUAUUGUAGUUGGCACCAAGAGAUAUCCCGGCAAGGAAAUGAAUUGGUCAACGGCAGAGAGAAUUCCAGACAGUCGCCAGAUUGCGUCUUAUGCCUUCACAAUGGGAACUUCAGGACUUGAUUUUGCAACAGGCAAAGUAUCUUUUAGUUUGACCACUUCAUCAAUGCCAUCUAGCAUAAUCAGCAAGACCGAGAAAGACAUACAUGAGAUUCUGACAGAUGGGGAAAAUGAUACUGUUCUCAUGUAUGACAGCGAGAAAGAAAUUGCGUGGUAUCUACCUCAGUCUUGUGUCGUCCUUUUCCUAGUACGAGCGAGGAUCACAAAUCACCAUUGGGAAGUUUUCAAAGGAAAUAAAAUUACACACUUGGAGCUAGCGGAGCCUGGCUCAGGUGGCUCAGCGGCUAAUGAGGCAUUGAAAGCGAACCUAAAUUUGCAUUUGAAAAAGCAGAAUUCUCAGCCCGCCGAGCAAUACCGUGAGGAAACUGUUGGCAGUCUCAUUAAGGCUAUUUGGCAAGCCUUAGAUGACAUUGGCAUGGGUUUAAGGUCCGCCCAAAGGGAGUUUUCAAAGGCUAAAGAAGGCCCUCCUAACGAGAAUGUGGAGUGGAAAUUUUACAACUAA